AGUUGCCAAAAAAGGGAUCUUCUUAUUGAUGUACAAAGAUUCCAACAUUGAUUCACAGAAUCAAUAAUAUAAUUAUCCAUAUAUGAGAUGAGAUUCAUUGCAUCCAUCCUAGUAUCAAAGUUUGCUUCAUUAUUUAUCUGAGACUGGAGGUUGAUUUGGAGGCAGUCCUGUCUCUCAACAACUCCAAUCCAAUCAUGGUUGAUGAAAGAUCAAAGAAGGAAAAGAAUGUUGAUGAAUGGCUUCCAAUUACUUCAUCAAGGAAUGCAAAAUGGUGGUAUUCUGCUUUCCACAAUGUGACUGCCAUGGUUGGAGCUGGUGUCCUUAGUCUCCCUUAUGCCAUGGCACACCUUGGAUGGGGUGCAGGAGUGACUGUGUUGAUCAUAUCAUGGAUUAUAACACUAUACACUCUGUGGCAAAUGGUUGAGAUGCACGAAAUGGUGCCCGGGAAGCGUUUCGACAGGUAUCACGAGCUGGGGCAACACGCGUUUGGUCAGAAGCUCGGGCUGUGGAUUGUGGUGCCUCAGCAGCUGGUUGUGGAAGUUGGGGUGGACAUAGUGUAUAUGGUCACAGGCGGAAAAUCGCUUAAGAAAGUCCAUGAUUUGGUGUGUAAAGACAAUUGCAAAGAUUUCAAACUCUCUUACUUCAUUAUGAUCUUUGCUUCUGUCCAUUUCGGGCUUUCCCAUCUCCCCAACUUCAACUCCAUUUCUGGUGUGUCUUUGGCAGCAGCUUUAAUGUCAUUAAGUUACUCCAUUAUUGCUUGGGUGGCUUCUGUGAGCAAAGGUGUGCAAGCAGAUGUUGAUUAUGGGCCCACAGAUGCAAGCAGAUCAGGCAUGGUUUUCAACUUCUUCAGUGCAUUGGGGGACGUGGCGUUUGCGUAUGCAGGACACAAUGUAGUGCUGGAGAUCCAGGCAACGAUUCCUUCUACGCCUGAGAAGCCCUCGAAAGGGCCUAUGUGGAAGGGGGUUAUUGUUGCUUACAUUGUUGUUGCUGUUUGUUAUUUUCCAGUGGCUCUCGUAGGCUACUGGAUGUUCGGGAACAAGGUGGAGGACAACAUUCUCUUAUCACUCGAGAAACCAACUUGGCUCAUAAUCAUGGCUAACAUGUUUGUAGUUGUUCAUGUCAUUGGCAGCUAUCAGAUCUUUGCCAUGCCUGUUUUUGACAUGAUAGAGACUGUUCUUGUUAAGAAACUGAUGUUCAAACCUACUUGGUACCUACGCUCCAUCGUUAGGAUCACUUAUGUGGCUCUCACCAUGUUUAUUGCCAUUUGCAUCCCUUUCUUUGGAGGGCUUCUUGGAUUCUUUGGAGGAUUCGCUUUCGCCCCAACUACAUACUUUCUCCCGUGCAUUAUGUGGCUUGCUGUUUACAAACCGAAGAAAUUUAGUCUUUCUUGGUGCUGUAACUGGGUGUGCAUUAUACUUGGAGUAGCUUUGAUGAUUUUAGCCCCUAUUGGAGCACUAAGAGCAAUUAUAUUACAAGCCAAGAGCUACAAAUUCUUCUCCUAAAUACAACCUCACACAACAACAACCUCUCAACACACCUUCAAUUUCUAUUGUUUUCAUACUAUAUUUUCAUUGUCUGUUUUGUUUUUAAAUGUUUACGCACUCAAUUUAAGGACUAUUGCAUGCAGUAUUGGUGUUUUAA